AUUUUUACCAUAUCUUCAGUCUUGCAAGAGGGGGUGUGGGCUCUGUUUCUGUGGCCCUGUCUUCUCAUUGUAAGCACCCCACUAGACUGCAGAGAAGAUCCAGGCAGCCUGAAUCGCUGCUCCUCCAUCUCCCAGGAAAAACUUCUGGACCGAGUCAUCCACCAUGCUGAACUAAUCUACCGGGUUUCAGAAGAACUUUGUGCUUUAUUUGAGGAGAUGUUCAUUCCUUUUCCUCUGAGGCUCCAGAGUAACCAGGCAGCGUAUGGGUGCAUCACCAAAGCCCUACCCCUCCCCAGCUCCAAAAGUGAAAUCCAACAAAUAUCUGACAAAUGGUUACUCCAGUCUGUGUUGAUGCUGGUCCAAUCUUGGAUCGGGCCUUUGGUCUACCUGCAGGUGACACUGGACAGCUAUGAUCAUGCUCCUGACAUGCUGCUUAACAAAACCAAGUGGGUUUCUGAGAAACUCAUCAGUCUGGAGCAAGGAGUGGUUGUCCUCAUCAAGAAGAUGUUGGAUGAGGGCCUGAUAACUACUGCUUACAGUGAUCAAGGUGUAUUACAAAAUUAUGUUCAACCAGAGAUGCUGGAAUCAGUUCUGAAAGACUACACCUUACUAAGCUGCUUCAAGAAAGAUGCCCACAAGAUGGAGACUUUCCUAAAGUUACUCAAGUGUCGUCAAACUGACAAAUACAACUGUGCAUGA